UUUUAAACCAGUAGUACGUACGCCUAUCAGUCCACUUCUAUCCGAAUCGCCGAUCUGAGUUUUCGUCAACGGCCUUCUCUCUUCCACACCUGCAUCUGCAAAUAGAAAGAAGAGAUUUAUGCUUUUGCAAUCUCCCUCUUCCCUUUAUUGUUGCCAGCCUCUCUGUCCAAAUCCCGUCAUGGCCGCCUCCUCCUCCUCCUCCUCCUCCUCCUCUACUAUUCCCGUCGAAUCACCUCCGCAGGAUCAAGUUUUCAUAAAUUUUCGAGGGAAAGAAUUGCGCAAGGGUUUUGUCAGCCAUCUGGUGAAGGCCUUGAAAAGGGAUGGAAUCAACGCCUUCAUCGACGAAGACGAAACUAAAGGCAAUGAUCUCAGCAGCCUCUUUUCCAGAAUCGCGGAGUCGAAGGUCGCGCUCGCCAUCUUCUCAAGCAUGUAUACGGAGUCAAAGUGGUGUUUGAACGAGCUCGUGAAGAUGAAGGAGUGCGUUGACUCAGGCAAACUUGUGGCAAUCCCCAUCUUCUACAGAGUGGAGACGAACGAUGUCAAAAAUCUAGAGGGUGUUUUCGGUGCCAAGUUUUGUGAGUGGGUUAAGAUUUGUGACGGUGAACAGCUCAAUAAGUGGAAAGAUGCUUUAGAGGUUGUCACAAACAGGAUGGGCUUUGUUUUAGGCGAAACGAGCGAUGAAGGCGAAACCAUCAUUAAAAUUGUGCAGCAAGUCACAAAAGUGCUAUCUUCUAAUGUUUCCACGGAUCCGGAAAGAGAAGUCCUCAUUGACGACCCUUCUGCAGGAACAGAAGAAACGCCUGAAGCUGAUCCUGACUACCUCCAUCCUCUGUUUGGCAUCGAAACACGGCUUAAGCAAUUGGAAGACAAGUCAGAUUUCAAGUGCGAGUAUCACAAGAAUACUACUCUCAAAAUUGGUGUUGUUGGGAUGCCCGGUAUUGGUAAGACCACCCUGAUGAAUAAGCUGUAUGAUAAGGGGCAACAGGAGUUCAUACGCUGUGUUUUUCUUCCUCAUGUCCGUAAUAUGAACUUCAAUGGGAAUCGGGACAUUCUCGUGGAAGAGUUGUUGAAGGAUGAUGAAGAGUUGCAAAAAGUCGCGCCUGGAUCCUUGAGGGAACUCCUAGGCAAAAACAAAUCAUUUGUUGUUCUUGAUCAUGUGAGUGACAAGAAACAGAUAGAGGAUCUUCUCAGCAAAUGUGACUGGAUUAAGGGAGGUAGCAGAAUCUUUAUCACUACAAGCGACAGGUCGGUGAUCGAGGGGAUGGUUGAUGACACUUACGAGGUCCGAAAAUUGAAUGGCAGAGAUAGCUAUAAGUGUUUCAACCAUUUUGCCUUUAGUGGUAAGCUUCCUACUCCGGAGGGAAAUUUCAUGAAUCUUUCUAAAUUGUUUGUGGAUUAUGCCAAAGGAAACCCAUUCGUUCUCAAGAUAUUGGGUGUUGAGCUUUGCGGAAAAGAAGAAACUUACUGGACAGUUAAACUUAACGAGUUGGCACAAAGUCCCAUUAAGAAGAUAGAAGAUGUCUUGCGGAUUAGCUAUGAUGGACUGAGCCAGCUUCAAAAAGAUGUGUUUCUCGAUGUCGCGUGUUUUUUCAAGUCAGGGGAUGAGUAUUACGUAAGGUGUUUAGUGGAUUCUUGUGACACUGAGCCCAUUGAUGGUGUGAGUGAAAUAAAGGAUCUUGCCAGUAAAUUUUUACUAGACAUUUCUGGCGGGCGAAUGGAGAUGCAUGAUCUACUGUAUACAUUUGGCAAGGAACUUGAUCCACAAGGGUUGCGUAGGCUGUGGAACCAUGAACACGUUGUUGGUGUGCUGAAGAAAAGAGCGGGAGCAGACAGUGUGAGAGGUAUUUUUCUCGACAUGUUGGAACUGAAGAAGAAACUUCCUUUGGACAAAUGUACCUUCACUGAGAUGCGUAAUCUUAGGUACCUCAAAUUCUAUAGUUCUCGUUGUCACCGGGAAGGCGAAGCUGACUGCAAAUUAAAUUUCCCUGAUGAACUUGAGUUUUCUUUGGAUGAAGUACGAUAUCUGUACUGGCUGAAAUUCCCUAUGAAGAAACUUCCAAAAGACUUCAACCCCAAGAAUCUUACCGACCUCAACCUGCCUUACAGUGAGAUUAAAGAGGUCUGGGAGGGCCUUAAGGAUACACCAAAGUUAAAGUGGGUUGAUCUUAGCCACUCAAGCAAGUUAUGCAAUCUAACGGGGUUGCUAAAUGCUACAAGUCUCCAAAGAUUGAACCUUGAAGGCUGCACAAGUUUGGAGGAGUUGCCUCGUGAGGUGAAAUGUAUGCAAAAUCUUGUUUUCCUCAACAUGAGAGGAUGCACAAGUCUCCGGGGUCUUCCAAAAAUGAAUCUGAUCUCUAUGAAAACUCUCAUCCUUACCAACUGCUCAAGCCUUGAAGAUUUCCAGGUGAUUUCAUAUAAUAUAGAAACUCUGCACUUAGAUGGAACUGCAAUCGUUCAACUUCCUACAGACAUGGUGAAGCUCCAGAGACUGAUUGUAUUGAACUUGAAAGACUGCAAACUGUUGAGGGCAGUUCCAAAAUGCCUGGGGAGGCUGAAAGCUCUGCAAGAACUGGUGAUGUCUGGUUGUUCAACACUCAAGACUUUUUCAGUUCCCAUUGAAAACAUGAAAUGUUUGCAGAUUUUAUUGCUGGACGGGACAGAAAUUACAGAAAUCCCAAAGAUAUUGCAGUGCAAUAGCUCAAAAGUGGAAGAUCUACACGAAUUAAGAUGUGGUAUGAAAUGCCUAUCCUCAUUGCGACGUCUAUGCUUAAGUAGUAAUGAUAUGAUCCGCAAUCUGCAAAUUGACAUCAGUCAGCUAUAUCAUCUGAAAUGGCUUGACCUGAAGUACUGCAAGAAUCUCACAUCAAUUUCAUUGCUUCCACCAAAUCUUGAGAUCUUAGAUGCACAUGGCUGCGGCGAACUAAAGAUAGUCGCGUCUCCCAUGGCUCUUCUUAAGCUCAUGGAGCAGGUUCAGUCUAAAUUCAUUUUCACCAACUGCAACAAACUGGAACAAGUUGCAAAGAAUAGCAUCACAUCGUAUGCUCAAAGGAAAAGCCUGCUAGAUGCACUUAGAUGCUAUAAAGAGGGAACUGUUUCAGACGCUUUGCUCAUCACUUGUUUUCCAGGAAGUGAAGUACCUUCUUGGUUCAAUCAUCAGACAUUUGGAUCCGAAUUAAAGCUGAAGUUUCCGCCACAUUGGUGCGACAACAGGCUUUCAACAUUAGUUCUAUGCGCUGUUGUCAAAUUCCCUGAGGAUGAAAUCAACCGUUUCUCAAUAGAGUGCACUUGUGAGUUCAAAAACGAAGUUGAGACAUGUAUACGUUUCAGUUGCACUCUUGGUGGAGGCUGGAUCGAACCACGGAAGAUUGAUUCGGACCAUGUGUUUAUUGGUUACACCAGUUGCUCACACAUAACAAAACAUCUAGAAGGGUCGUUGAAGUCGCAAGAACAUCAUAAAUAUGUUCCUACAGAGGCUUCAAUCGAAUUUACAGUGAGACAUGGAGCAGGUGAGAUUGUGAAUUGUGGUUUAAGUUUGGUGUACGAGGAAUCAAAUUAUGUCGUUGUUGAAGGGAACUGUAAUGGAACUUCUUCAAGAAGAGAUCUCUCAGUUAGAUAUAGUGUAGUGAGCUUUACUGCUGCGUAUUUGUCCGAUGCUUUGAGGUUUAUGUGGCCAGGUGUUGUAUUCAUUAUGGCUUAUUGUUUUGCUAGAUUUUUUGGUAGAUGAAUUUUUUGUCAUUACUAAAAGUUACUUGUUUAUAUAUAUGUUGUCGUAUAUGGAAAUUAAAGAUUUGUAAUAGUGAAA